GGAGGGAGAGAGAGAGAGAUAUUGCCACUUGCUGGUUGUUUGGCUACAAGAAACACGCGGAUGGACUCGUGCGCAAGGGGAAACAUGAAAAAUGAAGACACACUAGGAAGAUAGGCUGCUGGAUGAGUGCAGAUAUCGGAAAAGUAAACAAUUACGUCAAUUGCUGAAGGACCGUAAACAACACAACAAAUGUUCCCGUCUGAAGAGGAUGUAAGUAGGAGGCAAACGGCGCCUUGAAAUUUAGCAUCUCUUCAGUGAGGUUUCACCGCUCAUUUGUCGCAUAACAGAAGAGUAUUAUUAAAUGUGAAACGGAUAUUAAUAACUGGAAAAGCAACAUUACUGGCAACGAUGUCGAUUAACGGGACGGGGUAUGACUACACUUCUAUACGUGUGUGUGCUUCCACCGUGUCCUUCAUAAUUUUGGCUUUCUUCAACCUUGUGAUAAACUGGACUAUUUUACGGGAGGAACGGCUUCGCACCCAAGCACGCUUUGUUCUGGUAUUCCACUUAUUGUUUUCCGCCCUUGUUUACUUUGGGGUCGGCUGCGCCUUCUACCUGCAGAUACACGUGAAUGCUAGAACCCCUGAAGCCGUUUGCCAGGUGAUAAUAACCAUUUUAAUAACCAGUGCCUCAAAUAUUCUCCUCACCCUUACUGCCAUGGCUCUUGACCGCUACUUUGCCAUCUGCUUCCCGCUCAAAUACAGCUCCUUGUGUUGUGCGCACUGGCCCUGGCUCAUUGGAAUGCUUACGUGGGGUUUGGCUCUAAUUACCCCACUGAGUCUGUUGUCGAAACCGGCGUUCAGAGGGCAGUGCAACCGAGAAAACUUGAAAAAAGGCGAGCUCCACAAAAUAAUUUUGAUAUCCGUGUGCGCCACACUCAUCCUGUUCAGCUAUGGAAAAAUCUUACACGAGGGCAGGCGUCUUGGCGUGCUGACUCGUCGCAACCGCGUCGGCUGCAGGACUAUAGCACUGCAUGGCGCCCAGCUCGCUGUAUACAUCCUCCCCAACUUUGUGAACUUCGUGCUGCACCUUCUUCAGAAGCAGGGCUAUCUCCACCGUGACCCCAAAGAGCUGUUUGCAGUGAUAAACUUUGCAUUCUUCAGCCUUGCUCAGUGCAUUGCUCCCAUCAUCUACGGAUUGCGUAAAGAGGAGCUUCUGGAGCAACUGUACCAUCGCUUCCCCUGCCUGUCCUGCCACUUGAAAAGGGUCCUGGAGUGGACAGUACAAGCCACGCAACCCCGCUUGCAUCCACAGACACGGGAGCGAACAAUGACUUCCCAAAGGCUCAUGUUAACAGAGCUCUCAAAGACGUCUGUGUGAGUGGGCUAGAGAAGACCCCUAGUAGGAAUACAGCCGGAAUAUUCUCAGCCUACUCCUCAGCACGCAAGGGCAUAGAAGAUGGUGGAAAGCCACAUCCAUAUCAUGAGGCUCAUUACCUAUGGAUACAGCUGGAGUUUUACUGAAGAAAGAGUAAAUAUCAAGUACACAAACACUGGUGGUCUUCAAACCUGCAGGAUUCUGGUUAUAGGAUCAACUUCUUAGCACUACUCCACACAGCCAAGGAACACAGAGGAUUUUAGUCGACCCUGGUCACUCUCUGUGCAGUCCAGUCUCUGCUCAGUGUGUCUCAAAGGGGGAAAUCCUACAUAAAGGACGAAGUCUGUCCCAGACCACUCUUAUUAACCUUAUGACAAAUGGUCCUAUUCCUGUCUGGAUCAUUGCAGGCACUUAUUAGUGGGUAACAAGGUGCAAGCUUUGAUAAGCGUGUGUGUACAAAUCUCAUAGUGGAAAACCAGAAAUGAUAUUACCAAAGCCAAUUCUGGCUGCUGUGAGCAAUAUAAGCUAAGUUGAAUCAUAAAGCAAAGUGUAUUUAUUGAUAAUUUACAUUUAUAAUGAAUCAGUCAAAGGCAGUAAUGUGCUGUCAUUUUAAAGUUAAAAUUUCAAGAAGACCUGUAUUUUAAUUAAUAAUGGACAUGUUACUGCAAGGUUUACUGCCUCAUUAAUGUUUUCACAGUAUUAUUGGAUAUUAAAACCAAACUCAGUUUCAAUCCA